ACCACGUCGCUCUCUCCGUCUGGCUUCUUUCCAUCUCCCUUUCCGCCCUCUCGACCAGGCGGAUAUGCGCCUCCCCUUUUCUUUGAUCCUUGCGCUCCUUGCUUUCGACUCGGUAUUCGCGACCCAUGCAAAGCGUGACUACUCUCUACACGACUACUAUGUCUUAGAACACAGUCCUCUCGCGGGUGCUUCGCUGGCCGACUGCGCGAGAGCGCUCGGUGUCGAGGUUGUAGAGCAGGCGGGACAGCUACAAAACCACUGGCUCGUACGGGCUGCGAAAGCCACCUCGCCGCUGGACAAACGGCGAGCCGACCCUGUCAUGGAGACACUCGAGGAGAUCCAGUCUCGUGCAUCCUCAGCACAUUCAGCCAGGAGUCCGGACGCACCUCACGCGAAGCGGAUAGCUUCUGCGGUGAAGCAUCUCUCCCCGCAGACCCUCCGCCAGCGUAAACAUCCCAAGAACAUGAUGAACGUGACCGGUCUAUGGGAGGCGGGCAUCACGGGCAGAGACGUCAUUACCGCCUUGGUAGACGACGGGUUGGAUUACACCAGCGAGGAUCUCGCACCGAACUUCGUAACCGCUGCGAAGAACGACGUAUGCGGUGUUGGGAUUGCGUACGACAGUAAAGUCGCUGGCUUGCGUAUAUUGUCGGGGCCCAUUGCCGAUGUGGAUGAAGCGGCGGCCUUGAACUAUGAUUUUCAGAACACGUCUAUCUAUUCGUGCAGUUGGGGUCCACCGGACGAUGGCAGAUCCAUGGAAGGGCCUAACUAUCUCAUCAGGAAAGCGAUGGUGAACGGCAUUCAGCAGGGGCGCGAAGGCAAAGGGUCGAUCUUCGUAUUCGCCAGUGGUAACGGAGGGCGAACAGACGACCAAUGCAACUUUGAUGGCUACACCAAUAGUAUCUUCUCAGUCACUGUUGCCGCCGUGGAUCACCAAGGUCUUCAUCCUGAUUAUUCCGAGGCUUGCGCUGCCAACAUGGUAGUGGCAUAUUCAUCUGGUGGUGGAAGUGCGAUUACUACCACCGACAGGGGACUCAACAAGUGUGUCCACACACAUGGUGGUACAUCCGCCGCGGCGCCCAAUGUUGCCGGUGUCUUCGCGCUGUUGCUGCAAGUGAGUUACAAGUACGGGUAUGGCGCUGUCGACGCGUACAAGCUCAUCGAAGCCGCACGCGACUGGCAACUCGUCAAACCUCAGACUUUCGUCGAGAUGCCCGCUGUACAAAUCAACAACGGAUCAAUGGACGUGUUCCAGAAGGCGGAGGGUGGAAUCCCAAUCAUCGCUGGAGGCGAGCUUGACAAUGACAACCUCGAGAAGCUAGAGCACAUUACCAUCAAAGUUUGGAUCACGCACUCGCGCAGAGGCGACGUCGAGGUCGAGCUUGUCAGCCCGAACGGUGUGCACAGUAUUCUCGCUUCCAGGCGGUAUGGAGAUGCUGCGAUUACUGGCUAUCCGGGCUGGACUUUCAUGACCGUCAAGCACUGGGACGAAAAUCCCGUUGGCACGUGGACCAUCCGUGUUUCUGAUCAGGCGAAAGAGGGCCAGUCGGGACAUCAGCAAACCCGUCAAGAUUACGACGUACCUCACGUCGACACCGUCCUGGCUCCUGGCUCCACGGAGCACAGUUACCCGUCUACUGUCAUCUCCCUCCCUUCUGCGACCACGACGAAGCAACACUCGAAACCGACUGAUCAUCUCCCCGAUGACCACGACACAUCACAGGGCGAUGCCAGCAAACCUGCUUUCCCAGGCAGCGGUGGCAAGCCCGCCGGCGAUGCUGAGGCAAGCGCGACGAGCACGCCGACGCCGGACGAGGGCUGGUUCGCGGACCUGUCCAACCUCGUGACGAACCCGCUCUGGUUCUUCAUCGCUGUCGGUGCCGUCAUUGCCUUCGCCAUUUCCGCCGGCGUAUACUUCUGGAGGCGUCGCGUCCGCAUGAGGCAGCACUACACCACGUUGCCCGCCAGCGAAGACGUAGCGAUGGGCGCGAUUGGCGGGGGAGGCGGGGGAGCGGGUGGCCAGAGGACGAAGGAGCUCUACGAUGCCUUCGGCGAGCUUUCCGAUGACGACGAAGCCGACGAGGAAACGCGGUUACAUGCGCGUGGCGCAUCGCCAGGUGUCAACCUGCACGCUGGAUUCUUGGACGACGAUCCGUCCACAGCGGGCGUGACACCAGCACCCUACAGAGACGAGCCAGACCCUGCGACGGAGCAUGGUCAUGAACACGGACACACUCGGUCAGAUAGUCCAGCGAGCGGCAGCGGUAGCGGUGAUGGUAGCUGGGAGCAUGCCUCUGAGACGCGGUAG